UGGUAGGCGAAGCAAAAACUGCACAGGCGCAGCAGCACGACGCGAGCAGAGAACGAUCGCACGGGCACACCCGCUACCUACCCACCCGGGGCCGCCGGGUCGCUGCACGUUGUCGCGCUGCGCUGCACGGCCACGUCCUUUUUUUCUAUUUAAUUUAAUUUCCUCUUCUUUUUUUUAUACGAACGAGGAACGAUCACGCGCUGAACGCUUCCGCCUCGCCGCCACCUUCCCACCCCUCUCCUCCCUCCGCCCGCCUCCUCCGCGCCCCCGAAAGGCAGAACCCUCGCUCCCUAUCCCGGUCCCCUCCUCGCGGCGUCGGUCAAACCCUAGCACACGGUACGCGCAGACCCGUCCGCCCGCUCCCAUUCCCCAUCCCCACACAUGGCGGCGCUCUCCGUGCCCCUACGCGCCGCGGCCGUCGCCGCCGGAUCCCGCGCCGCCGGGGCCGACCCCGUCAAGGUCUUGUGCGUGAGGAGCACUGGCUCGGCUCACUUUGGCUGCGCCUUCCCUUCCAUCACGGCCUCCUCUUCGGUUGCGAGGAACAUCGAGCCGCUGAGGGCGAUAGCUACACAGGCGCCCCCUGCCGUGCCACAAUAUUCGAGCGGGGAGAAGACAAAGAUUGGCAUCAAUGGGUUUGGACGGAUUGGCAGGUUGGUCCUGCGAAUUGCAACCAGCAGAGACGAUAUUGAAGUUGUGGCUGUGAAUGACCCUUUCGUUGAUGCUAAGUACAUGGCCUAUAUGUUCAAGUAUGACUCCACUCAUGGCCCGUUCAAAGGUUCUAUCCGUGUCGUGGAUGAUUCAACCCUGGAGAUCAAUGGGAAGAAGGUCACAAUUACAAGCAAAAGAGAUCCUACAGAGAUUCCAUGGGGUAACUUUGGGGCUGAAUAUGUUGUUGAAUCUUCUGGUGUCUUUACAACGAUUGAUAAAGCAUCAGCACACUUAAAGGGUGGCGCUAAGAAAGUGGUGAUAUCUGCACCAUCAGCAGAUGCUCCCAUGUUUGUAGUUGGAGUUAAUGAGAAAAGCUAUGAUCCAAAGAUGAAUGUUGUUUCUAAUGCUAGUUGCACCACCAACUGCCUUGCUCCACUUGCCAAGGUUGUCCAUGAGGAAUUUGGCAUUGUGGAGGGCCUUAUGACAACUGUUCAUGCCACUACAGCCACUCAGAAGACUGUUGAUGGUCCUUCGAUGAAGGACUGGAGAGGAGGACGUGGUGCUGGCCAAAACAUAAUUCCUAGCUCCACUGGUGCAGCAAAGGCUGUUGGAAAAGUCCUACCUGAGCUGAAUGGAAAGCUCACUGGCAUGGCCUUCCGAGUUCCAACACCAAAUGUCUCUGUUGUGGACUUGACAUGCCGGAUUGAGAAAAGCGCCUCCUAUGAUGAUGUGAAAGCAGCCAUCAAGGCGGCAUCAGAGGGUGCACUCAAAGGUAUUCUUGGCUACACAGACGAGGACGUUGUUUCCAAUGAUUUUGUUGGUGAUUCUAGGUCAAGCAUCUUUGAUGCCAAGGCUGGUAUUGGACUGAGCUCUUCCUUCAUGAAGCUCGUGUCUUGGUAUGACAACGAGUGGGGCUACAGCAACCGGGUUCUGGAUCUGAUCGCCCACAUGGCUCUUGUCAGCGCCAAGCACUGAUGUUCGUGCUCGUUCCUCCAGUAGUAGCCUGGGAAAAAAAGGCUGCAAUUUUGACGGCCAUUUUCUUUUAGCUGUUGUUUGGAAUAAGAUAAAAAUGCUGGAACGCUUUGAACUCGCGCAAAAAUGGACUCAGAUCCAUGAGCUGUAUUUUAGUUGUAGAAGGGGCAAAUUUGCACCAUAGUACCCUGCGGAAUUGUUGAUUGAUGAGUCCUAUGGUUCGUCGACUUGAUGUUUUGUUAUGAUGUGUGGGCCCUUGAAUGAGUUGAUAUUUUUUUAGGCCAUCCAUGCUUUAAUGGAAAUAUAUAUAGGAUGGCAAUGGCAAUCCGUCGACUUGCACGGUA